ACUCUCAGCCCUCAAAGCCUAAAAUGUUUAUUCUUUGCCCUGUCCUUCCGCUCCUCACCCUCCCUGGCCCUCUCCACAUUCAACAAUCCUAGGACCAAUGACCCCCAUCUGGCCUCCCCCCAGGGCCAGAGUCACGCAGGCGAGCCUGGCUGCAGGGCAGGACCGUGGACUCCCAGCCCACUGCUCGCCUGUGCUCUCAGCUCUCCUGUCAGCACUGGCUAGCCCACACCCCACCUGGCCCAGGGACACAGCUGUCGCCUGGGGGACAUAUGCUGCGGUGGCCUGGGGGAGCUCCGGCUAAGGGGCUCCUGGCGGACCCUGAGCACCACAUUCUUAUCUCCAACUCCCUGCGGGAGCCAAGGCCAGCGUGGGUGGCUGAAAUCUCCUCGGUAACAGGGUCUGCCCUCCUCCUGCUCCCUCUCCCGGCCUCCUUCCCACCCUUCAUCCCCUCACCCUGCACCUGCCCUCGGCCCUUCCUCCCGCCUCUCCCAUGCACCCCCUCCUUGGCUGGCUCCGUGUCACCAUCUGUGCACAGUCCCUCUCUGUCACUCUCCUUGCCACCCCCUCAUUCUCCUUCCUCCCUCCUGGCUCUCCAUCCCUGCCUCUCUCGCAUCUCUUCCUCGCUCUGCUUUUUCCUCCUCCUGGUCUUCUCCCUGUCAGCAUCUCUCUCACUCCCACUCACCUCUCCUCUCUCCUCCUUUCUCUCUCCCUGCCCCCACCUCAGAACAACCCCCUCUCCCCUCUACUGCUAUUGGCUUCUACGACCCCUGUUCUCCUCUUUUCUUCUUCACCUUGGCAAGCUUCUCCCCCAACCCCCUCCCGGGGACCCUGCAGAGCCCCUAUCUGUGUCCCUGCCCCUCAGGAUGUGUUCUGGAGAUGGGGGAUGAUGCACCAGGCACCGCUGGGAAGUCAAGGCCAGAGACCAGAUGGGAGAGGCGCUGUGGGCAGACGUGGCCGCCAAGGGCCUGGGAGGGGCCUCAGCCCACAAGCGGUCUAGAAAUGGGUGCCAUGUGGGUACCCUGGCUAGGGGUGCUCUGGGGGCACCUGGGUUCUGGGCAGGGAGGGGGACAACAGAAAGGUAACCACCCUGGCGGCAAGGAGGGGAACCCUCACCCUAUGGGCAGAACAGCAGAAUGUCAGUGCUGGAAGAAACCAGAUGCAUCGCAGCAUUUGGCCUCAGCUCACGUGGCAGCUCUCCCGAGCUCCCCCUCCACGCUGGGCCGGUGCUCAGCACUCUUCCAUUAAUCUUUACAACGUCCCUGGAGGCUAGUAGCUGACUGCUGACCACCCUCGGCCAUGGAUACCUCUGGCUAUCCUUCAUCGGUGCCCACGACCUCGGAACCUGAGAAUGACUCCUUGGCUUGGCCCCUGAAUGCCACCCUGGGAAACGUGUCGUCAGGCCUGAGCCCAGCAGGGCUGGCUGUCAGUGGCAUUUUGAUCCCACUGGUCUACCUGGUGGUGUGUGUAGUGGGCCUGCUGGGCAACUCACUAGUCAUCUAUGUGGUCCUGCAGCACACGGCCAGCCCGUCGGUCACCAACGUCUACAUCCUCAACCUGGCGCUGGCUGAUGAGCUCUUCAUGCUGGGACUGCCCUUCCUGGCUGCCCAGAAUGCUCUGUCCUACUGGCCCUUUGGCUCCCUCAUGUGCCGCCUGGUUAUGGCCGUGGACGGUAUCAACCAGUUCACAAGCAUCUUCUGUCUCACCGUCAUGAGCGUGGACCGCUACCUGGCCGUGGUGCACCCCACCCGCUCUGCCCGUUGGCGCACAGCGCCUGUGGCCCGCACAGUCAGUGCGGCCGUCUGGGUGGCCUCAGCUGUGGUGGUGCUGCCCGUGGUGGUCUUCUCGGGUGUACCCCGUGGCAUGAGCACCUGUCACAUGCAGUGGCCUGAGCCGGCAGCGGCCUGGCGAACUGGCUUCAUCAUCUACACAGCCGCACUGGGCUUCUUUGGGCCGCUGCUGGUCAUCUGCCUCUGCUACCUACUCAUCGUGGUGAAGGUGCGCUCUGCGGGGCGGCGGGUGUGGGCGCCCUCAUGCCAGCGGCGACGGCACUCUGAGCGCAGGGUCACACGCAUGGUGGUAGCCGUGGUGGCCCUCUUCGUCCUCUGCUGGAUGCCCUUCUAUGUGCUCAACAUUGUCAACGUGGUGUGCCCGCUGCCCGAGGAACCCGCCUUCUUCGGCCUCUACUUCCUUGUGGUGGCACUGCCUUAUGCCAAUAGCUGUGCCAACCCCAUCCUUUACGGCUUCCUCUCCUACCGCUUCAAGCAGGGCUUCCGCAGGGUCUUGCUCCGGCCUUCCCGCCGCGUGCGCAGCCAGGAGCCCACUGCGGGGCCUCCAGAGAAGACAGAGGAGGAGGAGGAGGAAGAGGAUGCGGAGGAGGAUGGGGAGAAGGGGGGGAUGCAAGGGAAGGGGAAGGAGAGGAGUAGCCGGGUCAGCCAGAUCACACAGCCUGGCACCAGCGGUCAGGAGCGGCCGCCCAGCAGAGCUGCUGGCAAGGAGCGGCAGUUCCUGCCCCAGGAGCCCUCAGCUGGGGAGAAGCCCAGCACGCUGCACAUCAGCUACCUGUAG